AUGUCCCACAGCUGGGCGAAGGCCUCAUCUAUACAGAUGACGGAGUGCGCGCGCGCGUGCCGGUGCGCGGCCGCCGCGCGGGCCCUCGCCGCGGAGUCCCGCGCUCUGGGCUACCUCGACGACGUGGUGGCCCUGCUGAGGGGCGACGUCGCGGCCGCGGCGCGCGCCAAGGCCUGGCCCUUCGCCCUCGGCCGACGGGAGCCCGACAGGAACUACAUCGUA